CGGCCCCUGGGCGCGCGCGGCAGCAGUUGGACUGCGGCGGGCGGCUGUUCGUUGCUCCCUUCGAGGCGUCCCUCUUCACCGCUCUUCUACCUCGCGCAGCAUGUCGGGCCGCGGCAAGACCGGCGGCAAGGCCCGCGCCAAGGCCAAGUCGCGCUCGUCGCGCGCCGGCCUCCAGUUCCCCGUGGGCCGCGUGCACCGGCUGCUGCGGAAGGGCCACUACGCCGAGCGGGUGGGCGCCGGCGCGCCGGUGUACCUGGCGGCCGUGCUCGAGUACCUGACGGCCGAGAUCCUGGAGCUGGCGGGCAACGCGGCCCGCGACAACAAGAAGACGCGCAUCAUCCCCCGCCACCUGCAGCUGGCCAUCCGCAACGACGAGGAGCUCAACAAGCUGCUGGGCGGCGUGACGAUCGCGCAGGGAGGCGUCCUGCCCAACAUCCAGGCCGUGCUGCUGCCCAAGAAGACCAGCGCCACCGUGGGGCCGAAGGCGCCUGCGGGCGGCAAGAAGGCCACGCAGGCCUCUCAGGAGUACUGAGGGGCGCCCGCGCCGCAGCCGGCCCUCCAUGCCACCACAAAGGCCCUUUUAAGGGCCACCACCGCCCUCACGGAAAGAGCUGAGCCACGUCGGGCUCGGGGCGGGCGGCCGCGGCGCUCGGCUCCCCCCGCCGCGUCGUCACCGCCGCCGCCGCCGCCGCCCGGCCCGCCCCUCCCCCGCGCGGGCUCGCCUGCCCUCGCUCCCGCCGCCGCCCGGCCGGAGGGCCGCCCGCUCGCCCGGCGCAGGGGCCCGGAGGGGGCCGGGGGCGCGCCGCUGCCCGCCGCGGCGCCAGUGACUCAGCCGCCCGGGCCGCGCUGAGGGCCGCGGGGAGGCCGCGGCGCCGCCUGGAAGAGCCGCUCGGCGCGCUGACGCAGGGCUGAGGUACGCGCCGGGGCCGGGCCGGGCCGGGACUCUCCGGACGCCGCGGUGCGGGGACGACCUGUCACUGUCCGCCCUGCCACCAGGGGGGAGGGGCGGGGGCCGGCGGUGCGCCCCGCGGGCCCCGGGACUGCAGGAGGCGCGCGCCCGCGGGGACCGCAGCCCGGCCCGCGAACCCCGCCGCUCGGCCCGCUCUCUCUCCGGCGACCGCUCCGCGGGCCACGCACUUCCGUACCAGCACCGGCCCGACCGUCCCCAUCUGCACUGAGCCUCCGACAGCUUCGGAACUGGAAUUUUGCAGCUAUCCCCAUCCAAGACUAGGACCCUACAGAUUGAGGAGUUUCAGAUGGACUAAUUUUGUUUAUUAAAGGAUUGUUUUUUUUAAAAA